UUUAUUAUUAUUUUGUUAUUGUUGAAUAAUUACAAAAUAAACUCGUUGUACUUGUACUGUACUGUAAGUGCAUUUAUGGGUAAAUAAUAGAGAGAAUCUCAUGUAAAUGCAAAAAUGUGUCCAAGUAUUUAUUUACCGGUUUCGUAUUUUCUAAAGAGUUGUUACAAAAUGGUCACAGUAACUGAUGUCGGUGACAUUGUGCAAUCUAAAAAUACGUACACAUCUCUUUUAAAGUGUAAAGUUAUACUUCGGUGUUUGGAAAAACUUUUGCACCUUGCAACUCACUUCUCUACAUUGAACGAGAUUCUACAGCCAUCGUUAAAGAAAGAGGGCAUGUGCAGAGGCUGUCAUGUCGCUUGCAUCAUCAAGCAAUGCAUAUGCGAAAAUAGACAGCUGCUGCCGCUUACUGUUUUACUGCUACCGCUGACAGUUGAUGUUCUACUUGUGUUAACGUACUUGAAUGGUUGCUUAAGUUGAGGAGGUGUACUAGCAAUCGUCUGCACGUCUCUUGUAGCAGUUCUUGUUAUUGCUGCUGGUGUAUUUCGUUUUGUAGCAUUUUUUG